AGGAAAGUACACCCGACCAUGGACCUUUGGUGGGCCUAAACACGUAUGUUCGCAUUGUGGUGCAAGAGUUUGGAUCCAGGAAAGAGUAAAGAGAGAAAAGAAAGAAUAUGGUCCCAAGUACAACAUCUGCUGUCAAAAGGGAAAGGUCAAACUCCCUCUGCUGACAGAACCACCAGAGUACUUGAAGUUGUUACUUGACCCUAAAACGGGCUCUCAGUCAAGAAAAUUCAAGGAAAGCAUUAGAUCUUACAACUCCAUAUUUGCAUUCACAUCAAUGGGGGGACAAGUGGAUAAGACAAUCAACAGAGGGAGGGGUCCAUAUGUCUUCAGAAUUAAUGGUCAGAAUCACCAUAAGAUUGGAUCUUUGCUACCACCAGAUGGGGCACAACCAAGAUUCACCCAACUAUAUGUUUAUGACACCCAUAAUGAAGUUGAGAACAGAAUCAACUCACUGACAAACAAUGCAGAAAGUGAUCUUGAUCCCAAAAUAGUGGACGGCCUUGCAAAAAUGUUAAAUCAACACAAUCCACUUGCAAAAGUCAUCAGAAUGGCCAGGGAACGCUUCUCCAAUGUUGAAAUGCAACCUGUUCGGGUUCGUCUAAUUGGUACGCGAUCUAAGGAUGGCAGACAAUAUAAUUUACCGUCCACUAAUGAACUUGCAGCCUUGAUUGUAGGCAACGGUGAGAAUGAAGGAGGCCAACGAGAUGUGAUUAUAGAAGAGAAGGGUUAUGGGCUUCGAAGGAUAUCUGAAAAUCAUCCAAGCUUCAUGGCACUACAAUAUCCCUUACUAUUUCCAUAUGGGGAAGAUGGAUACAGAAUAGAUAUCCCACAUAGUGAUGCGGAGUCCACAACUCGGAAAAAAAAAACCACUGUGACCAUGAGAGAGUAUUAUGCGUUCAGAUUAAUGGAAAGAUUCCAUGAGGCCCUAACUCUGAUUCUUUGUGGUCGGUUACGCCAACAAUUGAUUGUUGACGCGUUCACGUGUUUGCAAGAAGUUAGGCUCGAUUAUAUCCGUCUUAACCAAAAGACAAUCAGAAAAGAAGUGUUGUGUGGGUUGACAGACGCUGUUUCGCGAGGUGACACAACACCAGCUUCAAUAGGACGACGAGUCGUCUUACCCUCCUCAUUCACCGGUGGACCUAGAUACAUGGUGCAGAAUUACCAAGACGCGAUGGCCAUUUGUCGAUGGGCAGGACCACCUGAUCUGUUUAUAACAUUCACCUGUAACCCAAAGUGGCCUGAAAUUACAGAAUUCUUAGCAAACAUACCUGGUCAACAACCAGAAGAUAGGCCAGAUGUCGUGGUCCGCGUCUUCAAAAUCAAGCUUGAUGAGUUGAUAUGUGAUCUAACAACAAAAGAACAUUUUUGGAGAACAAUAGCAGUAAUAUAUACCAUUGAAUUUCAGAAACGAGGCCUGCCACACGCUCAUAUUCUGCUAUUUUUACAUCCAGAUGACAAGCCAAUAACUCCAGAUGACAUAGACAGAAUCAUUUGUGCAGAGUUACCAGAGAUGUAGACUUAAUUGGAUAUGAAAUA